AUGAGUCAAGAAGAAGUGAAAAAAGAGGAAAAUAAGAUGGAGAUUAUAAAAGAACCUGACAAUAUUGAACCAACAGCAGGAAAAAAGAGACGACAAGAAGAAGAGAUAUUAGCUAGAGACAAGAAAGAAAAUAAAAUAGUUGAAGAAGACCUGAUGUUAACAGCAAUCCCAUUAAGUCAAAGCAUCUGGGCACCAAGCAGACGUCCAUGCAGCAACACAGGCAACUAUAAAGCAAAUAUACUAGCCUAUAAUGUGCCAGGAGAGAAUAAAGAACAACGUAUUAGAAUGGUAAAAGGGAUGCUGGCAGGCAACAACCACGUUAAAGAAGUUAAAGAAGUUUUUAAGAACUAUAACAAGUGGAUAGAAGUUACUUUCGACU